CUCUUUCGUUCUUUUCUUCAUCGUUAACGGACACCGAAGUCUUUCAAAGGUGCCUGAACAUUCCCCGUGUCAUCUCUCGUCGCGUGCAUCAUGUCGAAGCCGAAGCUGCUGUAUUUCGACAUCAAGGCCCGCGGGGAGCCCAUUCGGCUGUGCUUCGCCAUCGCCGGCAUCGACUUCGAUGACGUCCGCAUCGGCCGCGAUGAGCUGUCAGCCCUGAAGGAGGAGCCGGGCAAGCUGCCUUUCGGCCAGCUGCCCGUGGUGGAGAUUGACGGCAAGCGGCUGGCACAGACGCUCGCGUGCUGCAUGUACGUGGGCAAGAAGGCCGGUGAGUGAGUGAGGCAGUCAGUGCCCUCCAUGACAUGCGGGUCGAUGCCUGCAUGUCUCAUGUGUGUGAUCCCAACGCAUGGCGUACCUCCCUGUGUGUGCGUCAGGUUUGGUGCCGACUGAUGACUGGGAGCUGGCCAAGGUGAGACGAGCCCUGCACGACGGGAUCUAUACAUGCAGCCUCCGUCUCUCGCAUGUUAAUCUGUCUGUCUGUCUGACGGUGGCUGGCUGACGGCGUAUGUGUGUGUAGAUGUUUGAGUUCAUCGGUGGUGUCGAGGAUACCCAAAUGAAGAUCACGAUGUCCAUCUACGAGCAGGAUGCCGACAAAAAGAAAAAGGUACACAGAUUGGAUUGGGCGGAGGGGAGGGCCGAUGUGCGUGAGACAGGCAAGGCAUUUAGUAUGGUGAGGUGCGUCGGAUGUGUGUGAUACGCUAUAGAUGCGCGAGGAUCUGGCAACGACGACACUGCCCAAGUGGUUCGGCUUCCUCGACAGCCUCGCGGUGCAGAACGGCAGCAACGGAUACGCAGUCGGCAGCAAACUCUCACUCGCAGGUCCGCACACACAAACAGCACAGCCGGCCGGUUCACACAGUGGACGAACAUACAUGGCCUCCUCUGUGUGUGUUGGUGUGCAGACCUGUGGGUGUACAUGAGUCUGGGUUGGAUCAAGAUGGGAGUGCUGGACGGCAUCCCCGCCUCGCUGCCCGACAAAUACGCCGCACUCAGCAAGGUGGGUGGGUGGGCCAGUCCCAGGACACCACACACAGCACACACAUGGAUGUGUGUGGAUGGAUGGGUCGAUGGAUGUGUGUGUCAGGUGUAUGAGACGGUGGACACGCACCCCAAGGUGGUCGAGUGGAACGCGGCGCACGCCAAGCCCCCGCAGUGAUCCAUGCAUCCACCGAGCUCACAAGACACGACUGCAUAGCACUUUCAUGUGGGAGUGAGUGGAGUGGAGUGGGACUCAUGACAUUGGACCGCCACUUCUUCCUCUCGUGCCGCGCCAUGUCGUGUCGUGUUGUGUCGUGCUCAUGAAUGUGUGCCUCAGCCAGGACACCGGCCGUCGCUUCUGGUGGUGGUGGUGCAUCCACUCACAAGUUUUUCCCGUUUUCAUAUAUGUCGUGACGAUCGAUGGGUGCGGUAUCGUCGUUCAUGACACAGCAGAAAGGCUCAGCCAGGCUACAUUCCUGCACGAGCUCGGUGCGUGACGUCCGUCCCGAAGCAAGCCGUGGUCUGUGGCUUUCGCUGCCAUUGCCCUCUAGACAGACCGACCAGUGCUUGCUCCUAGAGGCCAGCCAGGUUGGUCUGUGCGAUUGGCGAUGGGUGCGAACGCCGAGGACCACAGUGCUUUAGCGCAAGGGAGAGUUUUAUCUGUGCCAUGCCGAGUCAUUCAUCUGUCUUCAAUUUCCCAAUUUGUACCAUUGAGUCAUUGCCGUCACGGCCACGGCGUCUCACAGCCCAGUGACCUUGGGCUGUGAGUGUCCGUAGCUGGAGCGGGACUGGCUCAGUGUGUCGCAAAGAUGGGGGACUUUCAUGCCGAGAUACACCUACAUAUUUCUGCUCUUCUUGAUAGGAUUCUGG